GCCUCUCGCAGCGCGACCCGAGGUUGGAGGAACCCGGGGCCUCAACCCGGCUGAGCCCAGCGGCGGCGGCUUCCCUUUUCUACCCCAGCGAGCUCCAGAGCGCCUCGGGGACCGGCCCUCAAAAGAGCAGGAAAUCUUGUUUACCGCCCGGAGAGAGGAGCCCAUCGAGCCUUUGUCUGGAAAGUCAGCAUCUCCAGAUGAAUUCCUGCAAUGAGUUUCUGGUGAAUUAGCAUUGGGCGGCACGGCCGGAGAAGGGGGUCGCUAGGUUCACGACUGGUUUCAGAGGCGUAUCCAGCGGGUGACUUUUGUGCAUUCGUUUUAAUUUUUGGAAAUCUCAUUUCCCCCCCUCCCUCGCCGCCACCGGGCAUGUCCUGAUCUGACGGCCGCUCCUAUCGCCUUGAGCUGCGGAUCCGAGUGGUUUCCAGCGGGGCUCCCUCCCUCCCUGACUUUGCAACACCGCGUUCCGGGAGAACCGACCUCGGUGAGGAAGGGGGCGGGGGAGCCGCGAAACCCGGACCCAAACCUUGACAUGCUCUCGGGUGGAGAGGAGGAAGCCAGGAGCUGAGUGCACCGCCGGGGCUGUUUCUCCCGCCGGCUCCGAGUGCGGGGCUCCGGGCUCCCUGCCCUGCGCCUGGGAGGCAGCCUUGUUGUUCUGGGGGCCGCCCCCCGCUUCCUGCUCUGGUGGUCCACGGCCGGCAGGACCAUGCUGCUCAAGGAGUACCGGAUCUGCAUGCCGCUCACCGUGGACCAGUACAAAAUCGGACAGCUGUACAUGAUCAGCAAGCACAGCCAUGAGCAGAGUGACCGAGGGGAAGGCGUAGAAGUUGUCCAGAAUGAGCCCUUCGAGGACCCUAACCACGGCAACGGGCAGUUCACCGAGAAGCGUGUGUAUCUCAACAGCAAACUGCCGAGUUGGGCCAGAGCUGUUGUUCCCAAAAUAUUUUAUGUUACAGAGAAGGCUUGGAACUAUUAUCCCUACACAAUUACAGAAUACACAUGUUCCUUCUUGCCGAAAUUCUCCAUUCAUAUAGAAACCAAGUAUGAGGACAACAAAGGAAGCAACGACAGCAUUUUUGACAGCGAAGCCAAAGACCUCGAGAGAGAAGUUUGCUUUAUUGAUAUUGCCUGCGAUGAAAUUCCAGAACGUUACUACAAAGAGUCUGAGGAUCCUAAACACUUCAAGUCAGAGAAGACAGGAAGGGGACAGUUACGGGAAGGCUGGAGAGAUAGUCAUCAGCCCAUCAUGUGUUCCUACAAGCUGGUGACUGUGAAGUUUGAGGUCUGGGGGCUCCAGACCAGAGUGGAACAGUUUGUACACAAGGUGGUCCGAGAUAUCCUGCUGAUUGGACAUCGACAGGCUUUUGCAUGGGUUGAUGAGUGGUAUGACAUGACAAUGGAUGAAGUCCGAGAAUUUGAACGAGCCACUCAGGAAGCCACCAACCAGAAAAUUGGCGUUUUCCCACCUGUGAUUUCUAUCUCGAGCAUUCCCCUGCUGCCUUCUUCAGUCCGCAGUGCCCCUUCCAGCGCGCCGUCCACACCUCUGUCCUCAGACGCACCUGAGUUUCUGUCUGUGCCCAAAGAUCGGCCCCGGAAAAAGUCUGCCCCAGAAACUCUCACGCUUCCAGACCCUGAGAAAAAUACCACCCUGAAUUUACCUGGCGUACCCUCUACAGACAGGCCAUGCCGGCCCAAAUCAGAAUAACUUCAUAUGAAUAUUUCAUGGGGUUUUAUAUUUUCAUUUUCAGGGUUGGUUUUCUUGUUUUGUUUUGUUUUUUAAGAAUCUUCUAAUAUAGAAAAAGACUGCUUUGUCACUCAAAACAUGUUCCUUCGAUCUGAGUGUGCAUGUGGUUAAGUAAUUUCACAUAUAAUAUGAGUCCCCAAAUAUGCCACACAGCAUCAUAUUAGAUGCAACAUGUAAGACAUGCAAAAGACAGAAGGCAUCUCCUGUAGCCACAGCUGGAAGCCUGGGAGGAAGCCUUGUUAUUGGGCAUUUGCUGCGGUUGGCAUGGGCUUCAAGGGUAAAUAAAUGAAAACUUUGCACCACUGUGGUACAAGGUGUGAUAAAAUAGUGAAGUCAGUUUCCUCUGGUUAAACCUGAAAUUCUCAAAAAUACUCUCAGGCGGAACAUACCUAAUUGUUAAAUUUUGAACUGCUCAUCGCCAAUACUUGAAUACCAGUAGUUACUAAAAUUCCUAUUUUGGUUAGUCUGACUCAGGAUUUGGGGCCUAAUUAACACUUUAAAUUUUUUGAAAAUUUUAAUUAUCAACCCACAGAGGCUCCACGUGCAAUUAAUGAUAACUUAUUUAUACCUUUCACAGAAUUUAAUAAAGAUUCCACUUGCUUCUGUCUUUUAAUAACUUUUCCCCUAUGUGCCCUCAGAAAUCUUGAGAAUUAAAUGGGUGAAUGUGACCUUAACUUGACAGAUUUUGGAAGGGUUGAGUUAGGAACCAAGAGGUUCAGGUGAGACAAACAUCUUUUUUCUCUACAGGUACCAACAAACCUUAACUUGUCAGCUUCUAUCAUCCAUGAAGAUUCUCAGAAUUUGCAAUUAAUUAAGCAGAAUUUAUUGACUACUUACUCGCUCAAAAAGUUCAAGGGUAGAGUAAGCUAACUGGACUUUCACUCUGUUGGAAUAUCUGGUUCGGGAAACCCUAAAAAAGAGAAUUGUUUUUCAUCUCCCUCCUGGUUUUACUUUUAUUUUUUAUUUUUUUCUCUUCCCCGCCCCCUCCCCACUCCCCUGGUUUUAUUUUUAAUAACAUCCAGACUUCCUGGACCCGAUGGCCCGUCACGGGACCUUAGAAAAGACUGUCAUUCUCUUGCUCCUUACUUGAAAUCCAAAUAUUGGGAUGUCCCAGAAGUUGAGUAAAUACUGUCAAGUGGGAGAAGAGAAUGAGCAGAAUUGUUGACUCCUAUUUGUAAAGCAAAAAGGAGGAGAGAUACAUGUCCUUCCGUCUAGCUUUCUUUUCUGAAAGUAUUGCUAAUGCAAGAUUAGAUUCAAGGUUGACGGGAGGCAAGCUCAUUCACCAAAGUGGCAGAAAGAGAACUCCCCUUUGAUCUGAAAAGGAAAAACCUGCCACCUUCGCACCUCACUGCCUUUAAACGCAGAAGGAAGGGCAAGCAGUAUCUAUAUUCACUUUUGUCCUCCAGGAGAGGAAAAGAGCAAAGUAACUGGGCAACAACAAGCCCCCAGCUAGCCUUCCUCUCCAUAACCUCCAACCUCAGGAAAGGGACCUUCCCACACAGAUUCCAAAGGAAACAUACAGACCAGGGAGCAUAGCCUCCUCUCUCCUGGCCUCAGCCAGUGGACCCGGCCUGCUUCUCUCUCUAAGUGCUCGGCACUCUGCAUUGUGUCUUUCAAGUUGACAAACUCCCAGGUGCAGGCGCUGGCCCCUGAGCCCAGCAUCAAGUAAGCAUAAGUUAUAUGUCUGACUGUCAAGAUCAUAUCUUUAUCUACAGGUUGAUAUUUCGCUCGAAAAAAAAAAUUUUUAAACCCAGAACUCAAGGGAAACCAGUUACAAAUAGCUUAGGUCAACAUGCAUCUCUUCCCUAAGAGAGAGAUAGCAUUGUAGUAAGACAUCUUUGCAUGGUAUGGUAGCAUGAUUUUUUGCUUGUGGGAAAACUUAAUCUUUUACCGAACCCCUUGGACUUUUCGACGGCUCCCUCUCCACACAGUAGUCCUUAAGGAUUAUGUUUGGCUUCAGAAAGCAAAAUUCUAUUUUCACAAGGCAGCGAUCGUGUGUGUGUGUUUGCUUACCAUUUAUUUACGAGCUGAAAUCAGCUUUGUCACAAGUGGGGGUGGGGUCAUUUUCUAAUGGAACCGAUCUAUUUUGUGCAGGUUGUUAACACAUCUGAUGCCUAGGUUUUCCACUCAUACCAUUGCUGUUUGUAAAGUAGCUUCCGCUAGCAAGGUCAACCAUCCUAUCCGCUUUAGAAAGGUAAUUUCUCAUUUCCUCCUGUGACUUUUCUUUCUCUCAUAGCCAGUACAAUACCACGGACAUCAAUUACAAACUGCUAAAGAUAGUGUGCGUUUUAGCCAUCAAAACUGUGUGCACUUAAAAUACAUUCAGUUUUCUGUCUACAUGUGGUUUGUGUGCAUUUAAGAAAAGGGGCGGGGGGUGCAUAUAUUCCUUCAGCUGCUUUGAAUAUUGAAUCCCAUCAUCGUGAACAUACGUGACUUCACCAUUUUAUCUGCCUUGAUUUCCAAGUGUCAUUUUACAUUCUCCAUACAUGCCUUUGUUUGUUGUGGGAUACAAGCCUGCAAUGAAUGUGUACAUAGAACCUUAAUAAUUCCUAUAAGGAUGGAAAUGCAAUGGCUGCAUGAUGGAAACUUAGAAGAAGGAAAAAAGCAGAAACUUGAAUUAAGCAUGUUUGGGGGUGGGGGGAAUAGAAUCUUUAACUCAGUGCCUCUGUCUGCAAUGUGGAAACCUUCAACUUUGUUCACCAAAAUUGUAUUAUACCUGUAUGUACAUAUAUAGAAAUAUAGUAUAGUGAAUCAAACACCACCAGUUUGAAGUCUCUGGUAGCCAAAUUAAAGUAAUCCACAGAAUAGCACAUGCGCAGCACACCAUCUUCAUCUCUGAUGUUGGUGAAAACCAUGGCAAUGGCUGUACAUUUCAUUACUUCGGGUGCAUUUCACAUACCAGGCGCCCCUGUGCUUUUCAUGGGCUGUGUGUGGUACAGCAUUUGUAGCUUUGACUGCUUUCCCAGGAUCAGAGGGUCUUGGUGUUUUUCCCGCGUGCACUUUGUCAGAAGUUAGCUCUGAACACCAUUUCAUGUUUCUACUUUUGGGCUAUAGUAAAACAAAGCUAAGGAAGCCAUGAAAUUUUUCACUCACCAUCGCUAUAACAGGCACAAUAUGUGUUCCAUUUAAUUUAUAAACCCUUCUUUUACGAUUUUGCAUCUGUGUGGGAAGAAUGGUUUUAAUGUAUUUGGAGGUUUGUAGUAGCCAUGUUUUGGGUGUGAGAAUAAACCUCUAAGCGCAGUCGUGGUUGUACAAUGCAGGCACAAAAACCCAAGACCCCACAAGCAAUUACAGGGUUUUCUUUCAAGGCACUGUAAUACUGGCCUAGAGAAUAGAUCCUGACACUUCUCCAGAAAUCAUUUUCCUGUGAAAAUUGCAAGGCUAAUGUAUUUAUGUACAUUUUUAAAUUCUACUUUCCUUGGUAGCUCUUCAGGGCUCAGAGACAGCAAAGUCACUGUCUGGUUUAGGUCAGUAGGAAUUUUACUUUUCAGAAGGGCCAGAGUAUAAUUCAGAUAUAAUAUGUAAUUAGAUAAUCCAAUAGACAGGAAUUGUCUAAAUAGUUUUAGUCCCUUUCUGAUCAUCUGACUCAGUAGGCUAGGUAACAAUCCGCCAUCUUGAGCCCUAAUUCUUGAAAUUAAAAAUAUAUAUAUAUGUUGUGUGGCUGUAACUGGUCAAACAACUCGUUCUUGCUGAGACUGGAAUGUCACGCCAUCGCACAGCCUCGGCACGCGGAGGCAACACCGGGUUCUUGAGUGUUCUACCUUCGGAACGAUCUGUUUGCAUUUGAAAUGUAAGUGUUUAAGCUUUUUAGGAGUUAGUGCAAUAAGAGGAUGUGAAUGUGGAGACCUUUUCAGAUGUGAUUCAUGGUAAUUUUGUUGUUAAGUUAAUGCUAUAGGAUGCUGUGGCCUAAAAGGGAAAGCAUGUCUAUUGAAUUGCAAGUCCCCCUUCAGUUCCUAUGUAUCACCAAGAAGAGGUUCUUUGAGUUGCUGUUAUGCCUACGCCACUUCUGUGUUGCUUCAAGUGUCAUUUUUUAGUGUUUACAUUUCAAGCUGGGAUCUUGAUUCGUUCAAUGGGUCGAUAUACCACUGCCACUGCUGAAGGACCAAGGUUUGGAGUGCACAGUGUUACAGUCUACAAGCAAAGCAAACAAAAGGUGACCCUCACACAUGCCAUCCUUCUGUGUCAUUUUAUGGCUGUUUUGUGUUUUCCCCCCAGUUAUUUAUUAUUGUUAAUAACUUCCUUUUUCUUACCUUCUAUUGUAAAUAAAGUACAAAGCAAUCUUC